GAGAAUGUAAACAAACAGCUGCAGACGACGCCCAGAGCAGACGGACGCCCUCUCCUGCCCGCCCACCACCACUCGCCGCCAACACCUCCCAUGCUGCUUGUAAUUACACUCUAUGUCUCUGUAAAACAAGAGUAAGUAAUAUUGAUCCAUUUUGUGAGGUGUGGCGAGCACUGAGGGUGUAGUAACCCCGGACGGUCACCUUGAGCUGCCUGCUGGGUCCCCACCUCUAUACUCCCAGGUUGUACAAGAUGGAGUUGGAAUGUGCUGUGCAGAGGUAUGCAUGGGGUGUAAGAGGCUCAAAGAGCAGUGUUGCUCAGCUAGCUAAAACAAUGCAACCAGAUCUUGAGAUUGCUGAUGAUGAACCUUAUGCUGAACUGUGGAUGGGCACACACCCGAGUGGCCCAUCCAUUAUUAAAGCCACUGGUGAAACCCUUGGGAAUUUCAUCAACAAGCAGCCAGAGGUGUUGGGAUCACUUCUUAUUGAUAAGUUUGGUGAGCAGCUCCCCUUCUUGUUCAAGGUCCUAAGCGUUAACCAGGCACUCUCCAUUCAAGCUCAUCCAAAGAAGAGUCAUGCUGAGCAGCUGCACAAAGAUCACCCAGAUGUAUACAAGGAUCCCAAUCAUAAACCAGAAAUGACCAUUGCAUUGACUCCUUUCCAAGCUCUCUGUGGCUUCAGGCCUGCACAGCAAAUUUCAAAACAUUUGAAAGAGUUGACUGAGCUACGGAAGGUAAUAGGAGAAGAUGUUGCAGACAAUUUCAUUGAGAAUCCAACUGAAGAGAAUCUCAAAGCUUGCUUUUCUGCAAUGAUGAACUCGCCUAAGGACGUCAUUGCUUCUGCUCUUAAUGAUCAGUUACAACGAUUCUCUGAAUUGGAGACAUCAGAAAGUGGUGAAGCCCUUUGUAACCUCUUCAAAACACUACAUGAGCAGUAUCCUGGUGAUGUUGGCUGUUUUUCCAUUUACUUGCUGAACUAUCUAACUCUGCAGCCUGGUGAAGCUAUGUUUCUUGGUCCUAACAUUAUCCAUGCUUACCUGCUUGGAGACUGUGUUGAAUGCAUGGCCUGCUCAGAUAAUGUGGUACGAGCUGGCUUGACCCCAAAGUUCCAAGAUGUGGAAACCUUAGUGUCUAUGCUGGACUAUGGAAUGGUGUCACCAGAAUCUAAAAAGUUUGAGGGCUUCAAAAUGGAUGGUUAUACAACACUGUACAAUCCUCCAGUGCCUGACUUUGCUGUUGAUAUGAUUGAGAUACCUGCUGGAAUGGAGCAGUAUACUUUAAGACCUAUAGAAUCAGCAAGUAUUGUCUUGGUGGUGGAAGGUAAUGCAGAUGAUGUGGAAGCAAACCCAGCAUCCCCUGGAGAGGUGCCACAUGCUACUUCCCUUCAGCGGGGUUCCGUAUUGUUUUUAGUAGCAGAACAGUCUUUGACUCUGAAGCCCAGACCUGGAACACGCUUCCUUGCCUUUCGUGCUUUAUGCAUCCUUUAAAUUUCAGGGAAUUUGAGAGUGCAUUAAUAAGUAGCUAUAUAUAUAUAUAUAUAUGUAUAUAUAUACAGUAUAUAUAUAUACACUGUUAAAAUUAUUGAUGAUUAAUAUUUUACCAGAAUAGUAAUGGUUGUUAUGUGAUGCCUUGAAAGAAUUUAAGUACACGAAUUGUUAAAUUUUAAACGUGUUAUUGUCUGUAGUAAAUUUAUUAUAUUAUAUAAAUUUGCUAAAAGUUAUAGAAAGCAGGACAAGUUUCCAACUAAUUGUAAGCUUUUAAAUUUGCAAUAUUUGUUGCAUUUUAACUUUCUAUUAUCAUAUACACAGAUCUGUUGUCUUUUGAGACCUCUCUUGCUUUAGAUAGAUCAAAUUCUGAUAUCUUUAAGUGUCUGUGGUAGGAUGUAGUUGAGCAUUUAUCAUUUGCAUGCCCUUGUUAUGUGUUAUAAGACAAUGAGAAUUAUAAUAUGUUAAUCUGCUGUUUUGUAUGUUUUCAUAUUACUUCAAACAUAAAGAAAAAUCAAAUCCAUGUACAAGAUAUGCCAUUAUUAUUUUAGUUAAAAUUUCAUAGAAACUGAAGAAUUUUACUGCAUAUACUUAAAGCAAGCAUCCUUUAGGCCUUCAUUCAUCAAUGAAGAAAUUGGGAAAGAGAUAUCAUGAGCCCUCCCAGUAAUAAUGAUGUCGUCCCUCCCGCUACUUCUCGGUCAAUGUUCUGUGAUAUGAAGUAAACAAAAAAUUAGAGUAGUUUAUAUUAUUUUUUAGCUAGAAGCCUCCACUGCUCGAAGGGCAAAAUUUGUCUUGGAUCCGCAUUUUUCAGGUAAUGAGAGACUGGUGCUUGGACAUUUAUUAUAUAUAUUUUAUAAUUAUGUAAAACUUUAUAUACACAGUUGUGUUGGUAUUAAUAUAAAUAAAAUAAUACUUGACAUGAGAUAAAGAAUUUGUUGAAAUUAAAGGCAUUGUAAAGAUGUUUAAAAAAAUCAUUUUUGCAGUUUGAUGAACGUUAGUAUAAAGAAUAGUACUCUUCCACAGAUGAGAAAAUCAAAGGUUUUCUAUAGUUAAGGUUGUCAUAUGGCAUUAACUAUGAUACACACUAACUAGCCAAGGUGGUGUGUGAUGGCCUCGGGGUACGGCCAACUUUCUGGGUGGGACGACACAACACGUGAAGGAUGAUGGAAGCCAUUAAUAAUACAAGGGUUAUAUUACCUGCAAUAAUGUAUCACCUUUCUGUUCCUCUUAUUUCCUAAAAAAAAAAAAAUUGUAAAUUUGUUGGAAUUAAAAUUGGAAAUAGUAGCAGGUAAUAUAAUCCAGUAAUAUACAGGUACAGUAUUACUAAUCAUUCACGAGUCGGCAGUUGUCGUUUACAUCAUACCAGCGCAUGCACGUUCUUGAGGACGGUACAGUAAAUUAUUGCAUUUUGAAUGUAAAGUGGUAUAGUGGUAUAGACAAUUUUUUUUUUUUUAAAUACUGUACAGUAAUUACAAGCAAUGAAUUUAGUAGUUAACUGCAAGUUUUAACUAUGCAUCUGGGAGGUCACUCAUCAUUCAUGUAGAAAGUGUCUUAGUAUUGUGUAACAGGUGAUAAUACUAAACGUUUUCUGGUUAUUAUAACUAGUCUUUAUGUUCAGUGGUAGUGACAUACACCAUCACACUUGUUUUUUCUGUUAUAAAUAAUACAUUUAGUAGUUAUCAUUCAUUCCACUGUGAAAUAUGGGAGUGUAGUAGUUCAGCAGGAGAUAAGUAUGGGAGUGUAGUAGUCCAGCAGGAGAUAAGUAUGGGAGUGUAGUAGUCCAGCAGGAGAUAAGUAUGGGAGUGUAGUAGUCCAGCAGGAGAUAAGUAUGGGAGUGUAGUAGUCCAGCAGGAGAUAAGUAUGGGAGUGUAGUAGUUCAGCAGGAGAUAAGUAUGGGAGUGUAGUAGUCCAGCAGGAGAUAAGUAUGGGAGUGUAGUAGUUCAGCAGGAGAUAAGUAUGGGAGUGUAGUAGUCCAGCAGGAGAUAAGUAUGGGAGUGUAGUAGUCCAGCAGGAGAUAAGUAUGGGAGUGUAGUAGUCCAGCAGGAGAUAAGUAUGGGAGUGUAGUAGUCCAGCAGGAGAUAAGUAUGGGAGUGUAGUAGUCCAGCAGGAGAUAAGUAUGGGAGUGUAGUAGUCCAGCAGGAGAUAAAUAAGGAAAAUUCAAGCAGAUUAAAUUUUUUGAUCAAUGAGUGAAACUAAGUAGAAAUCCUUAAUAUAUGUUUCUGGUGCUCUUUUUAAAUAUCUUUAAUGCUCUGAGGCAUCAAAUUGGGACUGAGACAUUAAUUUCUAUGUAUAAAAUUAACUUAGUUUUUUUCAAUAAAAUAUCAUUACCUUUUGCAGUUUUUGAAAUAAUAUUUUUCAUAGCCAUAUUUUAGCAUACUGUGGUUCACCUGAAUGAGAUGUGAUUAUUUAAUGUUAGAUUAACUAGGAGAGUGUGCACUUAAAGUAGGUUUGUUAUGAGGGCUGAGUAUAGAGAGAUACGAGGUAAGAGGCUGAGGCAUGAGAGUGUAGGGGUGCAGCACAUGGAGAAUGGUGGUGGUGGAGGAAGUAUGGGAUGGAAUACUUUGAUGAAUUUGGUAUGGAGUGGGAAUACCUUACAUCAGUACGAAUAAGGUGUGGGGUACAUCAGUACGAAUAAGGUGUGGGGUACAUCAGUACGAAUAAGGUGUGGGGUGAAGAAGUGUUUGGGUGAGAGGGGUUGUGUAGUAUGGAGGUGUAGGAUAACGGCAUGCUGCUCUGCAAUUGUCAGUUGGCAAAUCAAUAAGAAAGUAUACGGUACUGUAUUGGAUAUAGAUAAAUAACUAUUCACUUGUGAUAGAGAAUAACUUGCAAGGAAAUAUCCAUUCAUUGUGGUACAGAAAAUUAUGUAUUAUAUAACUAUAUGACUUAAAUGUCAUUAUUUGCUAAAACAUAAACAUAACUUUUGUAUUGUAUUUGUAUUGUGGUAGAAUUUGUAUUAUAAAUGAAGUGGCUCUUCUUAAAUGCCUGAGUGAGCACAGGUUCUUCUUUGAUGCUUGUGUGCGCAAAAUGGAAAAGCUUCUUGUUUUUAUUUUUGUCAUUUAAUUAUAACUCAUAAUUUCAGCUAGGAAUUCAAAUUUCAAUAACACAUUAUGUUAAUACAGUGAUGAUAAUACAAUGGUAAGCUCUCAAUGAAGGCAGUGUAUUUGUGUAUACAGAAUCUACAGUAUUUGUAAUGACUCAUAUAAAUUGAUGAAACGGCAAUAAAUUAAAAACUUGA